AUGGAUAUGAUGAAUAGCGGCAGAAACAAAAUCAGUUACAAGUCAUUGGUUGUGGUUCUUGUGUUCUGCUGUACCUUGAAAGCCGCCGAUAUCUCGGCGGCGUCAAGCAACAUGAUCUCCCAAGGACAAUCUAUUUCCGGCAACCAUACAAUCACCUCAUCACCACGCGGCAUAUUCGAGCUAGGUUUCUUCACUCCAGGUAACUCCAACAACUACUACAUAGGCAUCUGGUACAAAAAUGUACAGGAAACUGUCGUUUGGGUGGCCAACAGAAACCACCCUGUUUCCGAUCCUUUUUUUUAUCAUCCCUUCAAACUCUUCCCAAACGGAACCUUAGCACUUUUCGACCAGUCCAAAUCUGCCAUUUGGUCAACAACUCGUGAUCUCUCAAUUGCUUCCAAUUCUACUAGUCAAGUAGCAGCAAUACUUCUUGACAGCGGCAACUUUGUCAUAACAGAUGCUUUGAAUUCGUCUGCUGUCAUAUGGCAGAGUUUCGAUCACCCGACGGACACUUGGCUGCCGGGCGGGAAGCUUGGAUACAACAAGCUGACCAAUGAGAAACUAACCCUCACUCCCUGGAGAAGCUCACAAAACCCAGCACCUGGGAUUUUCUCUCUAGACCUCGAACAAAACGGGACGAGUUUGUUGCUGAUGUAUAAUGGGACUAGAAUGUAUUGGACAACUGGUCCUUGGACAGGCAAGAUUUUUACGAAAGUUCCUGAAAUUCAGUUGAAUUAUUUGAUCACGAAUAUCAGCUAUGUUUCCAAUGAGCUGGGGAGUUAUUUUUCUUAUGAUGCAGUUUACCCCGACAUCUUUGUUAAGUACAUGCUUGAUAUCUCCGGGCAGUUAAGGGCCUCCAAGUGGGGGAGGGACUUCCAUCAAUGGACUUCAUUUUGGCUGCGACCCUCCGAACAAUGUGACGUCUAUGGAUUCUGCGGUGCUUCUAGCAUUUGCAAUCAGCAACAAGUGCCUCUUUGUGUUUGCUUGGAAGGGUUUGAACCUCGAUCCCCAAAAGAUUGGGACUCGGCGGAUUCCUGGGAAGGGUGUGUGAGGAAACCCCCUUUAGAAUGCAGUAGUGGAGGAAAUGAAACGUUUGUGGUGAUACCCGAUUUAAGCUUUCCAGAGAAUUCGGAGACUUUAGCAGGUAAGAACAUCGAUGAAUGUAGAUUGGCAUGCUUGAGUGAUUGCUCGUGUACAGCUUUUGCUUAUGACAGUAGGUGUUUGGUUUGGAAAGGAGAUCUGUUCAAUGUAAAACAACUUACAUCUGAUGAGAACGUAGGCAAAGAGUGGCAUCUUCGAGUUCCAAAGGCGAAGAAAGAGAAUAAAACCCUUUGGAUUGUCACUGGAGUACUUGGAGGUCUGCUUGGUAUUUUACUAGUUAUUGUGGUAAUUGCCAAAAAUAAAUGUUCCGGUUCUGGGGAAAGGUCUGAGGCAGAUGAUGGCUCUUUGAUGAUGUUCAAGUACAGGAUUCUAAGAAAAGCAACCAAGAACUUUACUGAAAAACUUGGGGAAGGAGGCUUUGGUUCUGUUUUCAGAGGGACGCUGAAAAAUUCUACUGCCAUCGCAGUGAAGAGACUUAACUGUCCAGAGCAAGCCGAUAAUCAAUUUCUUACAGAAGUGAGGACUCUUGGAAAAGUCCAACAUAUCAAUCUUGUUCGUCUCCGCGGAUUUUGUGCAGAAACUUCAAAAAGAUUGUUGGUUUAUGAUUACAUGCCAAAUGGUUCUCUAGAAUCGCUUUUGUUUCAAAAGAGUCCCAUCGUCUUGGAUUGGAAAACUAGAUAUCACAUUGCAGUUGGCACUGCGAAAGGACUUGCAUACCUUCAUGAUAGUUGCAGAGAAUGCAUCAUACACUGCGACAUCAAACCCGAAAACAUUUUGUUGGAUGCAGAAUAUGCCCCCAAGAUAACAGAUUUCGGCCUAGCAAAGCUCAUGAGCAGAGACUUCAGCCGGAUAAUUACAACCAUACAAGGAACAAGGGGGUAUAUUGCUCCGGAAUGGAUAUCAGGAGAAGCUAUCACAGUAAAAGCCGAUGUCUUUAGUUAUGGAAUGUUGUUUUUCGAGAUCAUAUCAGGAAGGAGAAACCGAGAUCUUUUGGAUGAUGGGUUGGAAAACUACUUCCCAACUCACGUUGCAAAUGUAUUAACGAAAGGAGAAAAUGUCGAUACCCUGUUGGACAGCAGGUUAGAAGGCAAUGCUAACAAAGAAGAAUUGAUGAGAGCAUGCAAAGUAGCUUGUUGGUGCAUUCAAGAUGACGAGAAGGAUAGGCCAACAAUGGGGCAGGUUGUUCAAGCUUUGGAAGGAGUUAUAGAUCUCGGCAUGCCUCCCGUCCCCCACUUCAUGGACCGCUUUUCGAAGAGUCAUUUUGAGUCCAUACAUUACCAUGACAUUUCUUCCAGCACUGCUUCGGAUUCAAGGCGUGGCUACUCAAGUAAUUAG